AUGAGUUGCUUACUUCAUGCAAGUAACAACGUGAUCUUUCAAUUAAAAUAGAAAUUGAAAAAUAUGACGGAUAUUGUCAUUAACAAUAAAUAAAAAUGUUAUGAGGAUUUUUAAAAUAAAUUAGUCUUCCAAAUAAUUUAUAAAUGUAUUACAUUAAUUAUUUGUUAUACAAUUUUACUAGUAUUUCUAUGCUGUGAUUAAUCAUUUAUUAAAUCUAUUGCAGACAUGUCAGAACAUGUUGAAUUGCAUCAUUUACUUGAUGGUGAUACUGAAAGUAAUACAAUAAUACAACAAAAAAGAUUUUCCAUUUUAAUGUGUAAAUCUUGCCCUUAUCUUGGUUUAAUCUUAGCAACAUUAUCAUCAUUAUUUUUUUCAUUAUGCAGUGUUAUUGUGAAAGGCUUAGUUGAAGUAAAUCCAAUGGAAUUGGCAGCAUUUCGAUUUAUGGGUGUAUUAUUACCAGCAAUACCAAUUGUAAUAUAUAAAGGCGAACAUCCAUUUCCAAAGGGUCGUAGAUUAAUGCUAAUAUUAAGAAGUUUUGUGGGGACUACUGGUCUCAUGUUAAGUUUCUAUGCAUUUCGGCAUAUGCCAUUAGCUGAUGCAUCUGUUGUAGUAUUUUCUGUUCCUGUAUUUGUAGCUAUAUUUGCAAGAAUAUUUUUAAAAGAACCUUGUGGAUUAUUCAAUGUUAUUACAGUUUGUUUGACAUUGAUUGGUGUAAUCUUAAUAACACGUCCACCCCUUAUCUUUGGACAUACUAUUGAAUCACUUUCAGAUGGACAUGUAAAAACACAACAUGCAGAUUUAUGGGGAGCAAUAGCAGCUUUUUCAGCAACUCUUUUUGGUGCAAAUGCAUAUAUUUUAUUGCGAGCUUUAAAAGGCCUUCAUUUCUCAGUAAUUAUGACAAAUUUUGGAUCAUUUGCCUUGAUUCAGACAAUAAUUAUAUCCUGGGCUAUAGGUGCAUUAUGCUUACCUCGAUGUGGAACUGACAGACUUCUAGUUGUUGCACUUGCUCUUUUUAGUUUUGGUGGUCAAAUAUUAUUAACAUUAGCUUUACAAAUGGAACAAGCAGGACCAGUUGCAAUAGCAAGAUCAGCAGACAUAGUUUUUGCUUUUUUUUGGCAAGUUUUAUUUUUUAAUGAAAUACCAAAUCCUUAUUCAGUUGGAGGAGCCAUUGUAGUCACAAGUUCAGUUUUAUUAACAGGUCUAAGAAAAUGGGCUCUUUCAUUACCAGAAACAUCUAAUGUUAAAAAAUCUUUGGGUAUUUUGAUGUUAUAAAUUAUGAAUUAUAAAUAAGAAAAAUGUACUUUUAAAAUUAUGUUAUAUUAUUUUAUUAAAACUCGUUUUUGUAAUAUUAACUUAAAUUUUAGGUAGAAAUAAUUUUGACCUAAAAUAUAUUUUAUAAAAUGAAAUAAAAUUUACAUAAUAUAUAUAAUUAUAUACAAAUUUUCAAAUUUUUUAAAAUUGAAUUAUUUUAAAUUAAGAAAUUGAGAAAUUUUCUUUUUUUGUUUAUUAUAUUAUAUUUAUUAUAGUAUACUUUACUUGUUAUGAAUUUUUUUUUCUAAAUACAAGACUGUAUAAUUUUAUGAGAUAUAAAUUUCAUGAUAUAAUUUUCAUUCAUGAGAUUUUGCUAUAUUGCUAUCUUGUUAUGUUCCAAGAAAGUUUUUAAUAAAUAUUUUAUAUUGCUUAUUAUUUUAUUUAAAAAUAUUUAUUUUAAUACUAUUUUAUUUAUAUUAUAUUUUUCUAAUUAUUAUUUAUUAGUAUAAAGUGUAGUCUAAAACUCAGUAUUAUAAAAAAAAUAUUUUGAUCUCUAAUAUAAUAAAAAUCUUUUUAUUUAUAAAUUUAUUAUAUCUCUAAUAAGUUUAUUAAGAUUUUAUAAAUUUAUUUGUAAGAUUUUAUUUAAUAUGAUAUAUAAUAAUAUUUUUAUUUCACAGUAUGCACAAAUACAAUAAUAUGUACACAAAAAUUUUUUCUUUUAUUAUUUUUAAAAUAAUCAAUUUAUAUGAAUAUAAAUAUAAACAUGAAUUAAAUUUCGAUUAACAUUGAAUUAAAUGUGAAUUCUAGUGUACAAAUAUUAAAAAAUAUAAAUUUAUUUAAAAAAUUUGAUUAUGUUAUAAAUAUUAUAUUAUUUCUAUAUUAUAUGAAAUAAUUAAUAAAAUAAUUGAACUUGUCAAUGUUAUAAAAAUAAAUGCAUCUAUUAAAAAUUAUCAAUAAAAUCAUAAAUAUUUAAUAUUCAUUUAAUAAAUCUUUAUAAAAUUAAAUGUUAUUUAUAUUAUUAUAUUAUAUUAUCUUAUGUGCAUAUAAAAUAUCAGAAAUUUUAAAUAUUAAUACUUUGAAUAGAAUAAAGUCAAAUAGGAAAAAAUGCAAAACAAUAAGUAUGAAUACAUAUAUUAUUUAUUAUCUUGAACUAAAAUAUAUUAACUGAGAAUUAAUUAAAAUUUGAUGAGAUAUUUGACAAUGAAUAAAUAAUAAAUAUUUAAAAAAAUCCUAAUUUAUAAUAAAUUAUACAUAUAUAAAUUCUUGUACUUCUCUUUAAAGUACUGUUAUGUAUAAUAAAAAUUAUAUUAUAAAAUAAAA